AUGCCUAGCACUCUCAGCGUCUUGUACUCGGCCUUUUCGUGCCUCACAGUUGCGCUUGCAGCUAGUAUCCCUCAGAAAUAUGAUGCCCUUGUCAUUGGUGGAGGUCCGGCUGGCCUCAGUGCGCUGAGCUCUCUUUCGCGAGUCCGUCGCACGGCUGUCAUGCUCGACUCGGGCGAAUACCGCAAUGGCCCGACCAGGGAAAUGCACGAUGUGAUCGGAAACGAUGGUACCCCCCCUGACAAGUUCCGUAACCUGGCUCGUCAGCAAAUCCUCUCCCAAUAUCACGACACGGCUAGAAUUGUCGACACAACCAUCGUCUCGGUCAAGGCUCUCAAUGGCACAAACGGAACUACCUCUUUCAUCGCAACUGAUAGAAACGGUACCCAGUACGCGGGUAGCAAGCUCAUCUUGGGUACCGGUGUCAAGGACGUCCUCCCCAACACCCCGGGUCUCGAGGGUGCCUUUGGCAAGGGUGUUUUCUGGUGCCCCUGGUGCGAUGGCUUCGAGCACCGCGAUCAGCCCUUUGGUCUGCUGUGCCCUCUGAGCAAGGUCGUUCCCAACGUCCGUGAAGUGGCCACUCUCAACAGCGACAUCAUUGCUUUCGUCAACGGCACCCAGACCCCCGAGAACGAGCAGGCUCUCGACAAGGCUGACCCCCAGUGGCGCGAGGAGCUCGCUGCUUACAACGUUACCGUCGACAACCGCAUCAUCUCUAGCAUUGAGAGACUUCAGGACGGUGGUAACCACACUGAUAACGAGGGCAGACAGUUUGAUAUCUUCCGUCUGCACUUCACCGAUGGCUCGACUGCUCAGCGCAACGCCUUCCUCACUAGCUUCCCCGUUGUGCAGCGUUCUAACCUCGCCGCUUCGCUUGGUGCACAGAUCGUAGAUAACAAGAUCCAAGUGUCUAUUGGCACCCAGGCCACCAACAUCCCCGGUGUGUACGCCGUUGGUGAUGCCAACAGUGAUGGCAGCACCAACGUUCCCCACGCCAUGUUCAGCGCAAAGCGUGCUGUUGUCUACCUUCACGGUAAGUUACAUAGCCAGGUACCUGGUUACAUAGUCGCUGAUUUGAUAAUUCUAGGUGCUCUUGCUCGUGAGGAAAUGCGGGCUGCCAUCUCCAAGAGAACCGUUCCAACCUACGCUGAGAUCGAGAAGCGCAUGGGCAACGAGAUGGAGGACCUCUGGGCUCAGGUUAACGAGUCUUAA